GACAGAGCAGUUUAUGACCUUUAGACUUGAAAAUGUCAGACAGAGAGUUGAUCACAGACAAAGGAUGUGAUACUGAGAAGUCGGAUCCUGGAGAGGAGGAAGAGGAGGAGGAGGAGGAGAAGUGCACAUGUGUGACAGCAGAGAAGAGAGAGAAGAUCCGGUCUCUCCAGGAGCUGGAGGAGAUUUUACACUCCGCUCCACGCUCCUGUCGCCAUGGAGAUGAGGUGUGGCCUAGCCUGUAUCUGGGAGACAUGGUCAUGUCUCAUGACAAGUUUGGGCUCUGGCAGCUGGGUGUCACUCAUGUGCUGAACGCCUCCCAUGGUAAACUGUGCUGUAAGGGCAAUGAUGAUUUCUAUGGAACCACGGUGAAAUACCACGGAGUCCCAGCCAACGACCUGCCGACGUUUGACCUUUCACCCUUUUUCUACCCUGCAGCUGAGUUUAUUCACCAGGCUUUGACAUCAGGAGGAAAGGUGUUGGUGCACUGUGCUGUGGGUGUGAGUCGCUCAGCUGCGUUGGUCCUUGCCUACCUGAUGAUUCAUCACCACCUCAGCCUUCUGUCCUCUGUACGCUGUGUGCAAGAGAAGCGCUGGAUCUUCCCCAACAGAGGCUUUCUGCGACAGCUCAUAGCCCUGGACCGACAACUGCAGGACACCGAUAUGAAUGAGAUAAAAUAAAACAAGGCAAAAUAUGUAUAACAAAGACCUAUUCUAUGGAUUUUUCUCUUUUUGUCUGCUAAUUCAUAAACAAAAGUAAUCAACAAACAGAUGGGUUUUGAACAACUGAACA